CAUUAAAUAAGUUAUUUGUUAGCGCUAUAUGAUCCUUAUUGUUUCUCUUGCUUUAAAAAUGAACCUACUGGGAUUCCCAUGGAGAUAUAUAAACGAAGGGAAUGUGCAUAUUGUUCUUGAGCUAACGGGAACUGAAUAUGUGGUUCGAAUAAUAAAGGAAGAUGAUAAACCUGUUGAUGGAGGUUGUAUUAAAGAGCAUGUUGACUUUGUGAAUGUUGUGAUGACUCCACUGCUCUCAUCCUCUGCUGAGAAACAAGAACUAGUAGAAAUACCCAGAGAGCAACUUCAUGAGCUCAGCCAAGGUUUUCAACAGUUACGCCCGGCUCACAGAAGGCACAAAACUAGGUUCAGCAUGUAUGCUAUUAAAACUCUCAACUUGCUUACUUUAAACCCAAAAUGCAAAUCCAACUACUGUAUUGAAAUCAAACCAAAAGAAGGUUUCAUGUCCCCUGCAUUCAAAGAAACUGGAAAAUGCUACUUCUGUCUAAAACAGUUCCUAAAAUUGGAGGAAAAUGUAAUAGAAAAUGUUAGUGGCUACUGCCCAUUGGAUCUUUUCUCUGGUGAUAGAUCUAGAAUGAAAAGGGCUGUUUUAAGCUUGAUAGAGAAUCCGCAGAAUAACUUCAAGUUGUUUAAAGAUGGUGUGCUGGUUUACAAUGAAAAGUCAUCUGAGAAAGAUCUACAAGACUUAUUAGUGGAGCUUCCAGUUUUCAACAAAUCUAUUGGUACAUUUGUUGACUUCAUUAUAGAAAUGUUAAUGAGCAAAGGCAGUUCCAACACAGUUCUGAAAACACCAGUGGAGUGUUAUAUAAAUGAAAAAUCUAGUAAAUGCAUUGAAGACAGCAACAACUUAGAUUCAGAAACCUUUAUUAACCGGCUACUGAACUUACAAAGGAUAUCACUACUCUCCACUUUGGGUAUUCCAAAACCUGAUAAUUUCUCUUAUGUCUCAAAAAUGAAACAAGCAGUGGAAAAACAAAACUUGGACUUGACAACACAAACACAUAGAGAGAUGUUCUUCAAGAGCUGUGAGCCGAGUGAGCUGGCCAUUCUCUCGGCCAUCCUCAAAGACUGCUCCAUAAUGAUGUGCUUUUAUCCAAACUAUGUGGGUGAUGUUCCCCACAUACUGAUUGGGACAAAGAAGGUGUCCUAUAGGAUAUCAGUAACGGACCUUGAACCAAAACCUUUGAGUACAUUGUGGAAACGAGAAAAAACUGAAAAGAAAUUGUUGGAUAUUUAUAAAGAUCGUGUUUUAGGCAAUCAAGAAAUCUCUCAGUAAAACUUCAACCUCACACGGAGACAAGAGC